AUGGCGUCCUCAACGGAGGAGGACGACCAUCAUGCGGAUGAUCCACACAAAUCAGAUUUGUGGCAACAAACGCUUCAAGCUGCAGUUGCGGCCACAUCGCAAUCGGAAGCUGCGAAAAAACGGCAGCAACAGCGUAAACCGAUGCGACAAAGUAAUGUAGUAGAGAGAAGUGAACGUUCAUUGUUGUGUCUUACACUCUCGAAUCCUCUCAGGAAGGCUUGUAUAACCAUUGUUGAAUGGAGACCCUUUGAAUGGCUAAUCUUAUUGAUGAUAUGUGCAAAUUGCAUAGCGCUGGCUGUUUAUCAGCCCUAUCCUGCUCAAGAUUCUGAUACGAAAAAUAUUAUUUUGGAGCAAAUAGAGUAUCUUUUCAUAGUUGUAUUUACAAUAGAAUGCGUAUUGAAAGUUAUUGCUCUAGGAUUUUUAUUUCAUCCUGGCGCCUACCUCAGGAACGCAUGGAAUAUACUCGAUUUCAUCAUCGUUGUUAUUGGACUGGUGAGUACGGCGUUAUCCAGGAUGAACAUUCAGGGUUUUGAUGUGAAAGCGCUUAGGGCAUUUCGAGUACUUCGUCCUUUACGUCUUGUAUCUGGAGUGCCUAGUUUACAAGUUGUAUUAAACGCAAUUCUCCGUGCUAUGAUCCCACUGCUUCAUAUCGCGCUAUUAGUCAUGUUUGUUAUUAUAAUAUACGCAAUAAUUGGACUGGAAUUAUUUUGUGGCAAACUUCAUUCAACAUGCUUUGACUUAGCAACUGGAGAGCUAGCGCAGCAUACGCCUUCAACAUGUGGUUUUGCAUCUUCAGCAUUCCACUGCCAACCAAAUGGACACUACGAAGGAGUGCAUUGGAUCUGUGCGUCAAACACAUCAUGGCAAGGACCAAAUAAUGGAAUAACGAAUUUCGACAAUUUUGGUCUAGCCAUGUUAACUGUUUUCCAAUGCGUCUCACUUGAGGGCUGGACUGACGUAAUGUACUGGGUGAACGAUGCAGUCGGUCGGGAAUGGCCGUGGAUAUAUUUUGUUACUUUAGUUAUUUUAGGUUCUUUCUUCGUGCUAAACUUGGUGCUUGGUGUACUUUCCGGAGAAUUUUCCAAAGAAAGAGAAAAAGCAAGGGCUCGUGGUCUUUUUCAGAAAUUUCGAGAAAAGCAGCAACUUGAAGAAGAUUUGAAAGGAUAUUUGGAUUGGAUUAAUCAAGCGGAAGAUAUCGAACCCGUUAAUGAUGAUGAACAGGAGGAUGAGCAACAAUUCAACGGUGAAGAGCUUGAUGAAGAAGCCGAUGAGAAAACAGAUGAUUCAAGACCUUCGUGGUGGAAGAAAAGACUACGAAGAAUGCAGAAAUUGAAUCGGCGAUGUCGACGUGGUUGUCGAAGGCUAGUAAAGUCGCAAACAUUUUACUGGCUUGUGAUCGUUCUAGUAUUGCUCAAUACGCUCGUUCUAACCACCGAGCACUACAAGCAAGAACCAUGGCUUGACCAUUUCCAAACAGUGGCAAAUUUAUUUUUUGUUAUAUUGUUUUCAAUGGAAAUGAUUUUGAAAAUGUAUUCACUUGGUCUAACGACUUACACAACGUCACAGUUUAACAGAUUUGAUUGUUUCGUUGUCAUAAGUUCUAUCAUCGAAUUUGUUCUCGUCUAUUUUGAUUUGAUGAAGCCGUUGGGUGUUUCUGUACUGCGCUCAGCUCGUCUUCUUAGAAUAUUCAAAGUUACCAAGUACUGGACCUCGUUGCGCAACCUUGUUUCCUCUCUGCUCAAUUCUCUUCGCUCUAUUAUGUCACUUCUGCUACUUCUUUUUCUAUUUAUUGUUAUUUUCGCUUUACUUGGAAUGCAGGUAUUUGGUGGUAAGUUUAAUUUCAAUCCAAUGAAUCCUAAACCACGUGCAAACUUCGACACUUUUAUCCAGUCGUUAUUGACUGUGUUUCAGAUUCUAACUGGUGAAGACUGGAAUACAGUGAUGUACAAUGGUAUCGCAUCAUUUGGCGGUGUUGGCUCAUGGGGGGUGCUUGUUUCCGUUUAUUUCAUUGUUUUAUUCAUUUGUGGUAAUUACAUAUUGCUCAACGUCUUCCUUGCCAUCGCGGUUGACAACUUAGCCGACGCAGACAGCUUAACAAAUGCUGAGAAAGAAGAAGAACAAGCAGAAGUUGAAGAAGAAGUGGCAGAAGAUGAUUAUGAAGAUGAAAAGUAUGAUGAAAAUGGUAAUGAGGAGACGAGGGACGAUAGCAGAAUAGUUAUGGAAGAAGAAGAGGAAGGCGGUGAAAUAAUAACUGCACGACCGCGUCGGAUGUCCGAAUUGGUUACUGCCAAACAACAGAAGCCUAUCCCAAAAGCUUCAUCAUUGUUCAUUCUUUCUCAUACAAAUCCUUUUCGGGUAUUUUGUAACAAAAUUGUCAAUCACUCCUACUUCACAAACAGUGUGUUGAUAUGCAUUCUUGUUUCCAGUGCAAUGCUUGCAGCAGAAGAUCCUCUGGAAGCGCAGUCACCUCGUAACACAAUUUUGAAUUAUUUCGACUACUUUUUCACCACGGUGUUCACUGUUGAAAUAACGCUGAAGGUGGUUGUUUAUGGAUUGAUGUUUCACAAAGGUUCAUUUUGUCGGAAUGCGUUCAAUCUGCUGGAUAUUCUUGUUGUCGCUGUGUCUCUUGUAUCUUUUGUCCUCAAAUCAGACGCUAUUUCUGUUGUUAAAAUCCUUCGAGUUCUGCGGGUGUUGAGGCCAUUGAGGGCAAUCAAUCGAGCCAAAGGCCUUAAGCAUGUUGUACAAUGUGUUAUUGUUGCGGUAAAAACGAUCGGAAACAUCAUGUUAGUCACAUUCAUGCUGCAGUUCAUGUUUGCUAUUAUUGGUGUACAACUAUUCAAGGGUACUUUCUUCCGUUGCACUGACGAAUCGAAGAUGACUGAAUAUGAAUGCCGAGGUGAGUUUCUGGCCUAUGAAGAUGGUGAUCCAAUGAAACCUCUGCGAAUGAGACGUGAAUGGAUUAAGAAUGAUUUCAAUUUCGAUAAUGUUGGUGAUGCUAUGAUUUCGCUAUUUGUUGUUUCCACCUUUGAAGGUUGGCCUGAUCUGCUGUAUGUGGCUAUAAACUCCAACGAAGAAGACCAUGGCCCAGUGUACAAUGCUCGUCAAGCACGUAAAUGUAUUGAAUUUGCAUUAAAAGCAAAACCACAUCGGCGAUAUAUACCUCGCAAUCGUUUCCAAUAUCGUGUUUGGUGGUUCGUAACGUCACAGUUCUUUGAAUAUGUCAUAUUCAUCAUCAUCUUACUAAACACGACUACGCUGGCAAUGAAACAUUAUCCUCCAGAUCCUGGCAUGGACCACGUACUUGAUGUGCUCAAUCUUAUUUUUACGGGAGUUUUCGCACUUGAAGCACUAUUUAAAAUCAUCGCUUUAAAUCCCAAAAAUUACUUUGGUGACAGGUGGAAUGCAUUUGAUUUUGUUAUCGUAUUAGGUUCAUUUAUUGAUAUUAUUUACGGGAAGCUCUCGCCUGGCUCAAAUAUCAUAAGCAUUAAUUUUUUUCGCCUUUUCCGUGUGAUGCGAUUAGUGAAAUUGCUGAGUAGAGGAGAAGGGAUCCGAACAUUAUUGUGGACUUUUAUGAAAAGUUUUCAGGCGCUCCCAUACGUUGCCCUUCUAAUUGUUUUGUUGUUUUUCAUUUAUGCUGUCAUUGGGAUGCAGGUAUUUGGGAAAGUGGCAUUAAAUGAUGAGACGCAUAUUCAUCGCAACAACAACUUUCAUACAUUUCCUGCUGCUGUGCUUGUCCUUUUCGGUAUCUUCUUAUCGGCAACCGGUGAAGCGUGGCAAGAAAUAAUGCUUUCUUGUUCGGAUAGAGAUGAAGUGAAAUGUGAUCCGGCUAGUGAUGAUUAUAAACAGAACCCAGAUGCGAAAUGCGGAGUGGACUUUGCCUACCCAUAUUUCAUCUCCUUCUUCAUGCUGUGUUCCUUCCUGGUCAUAAAUUUGUUUGUGGCAGUUAUUAUGGACAACUUCGACUAUUUAACUCGGGAUUGGAGUAUCCUUGGACCACAUCAUCUAGAAGAAUUUGUCCGAUUAUGGUCGGAAUAUGAUCCAGAUGCAAAGGGACGUAUAAAGCACUUGGAUGUUGUUACUUUGCUACGUAAAAUUUCACCACCAUUAGGUUUUGGCAAACUUUGUCCACACCGACUUGCUUGCAAGCGUUUGGUGUCAAUGAACAUGCCACUGAAUUCAGAUGGCACAGUGUGUUUCAAUGCAACACUGUUUGCUCUGGUACGAACAAAUUUAAAAAUUUACACGGAAGGAAAUAUAGAUGAAGUGAAUGAACAAUUACGAUCAGCUAUUCGUCGAAUUUGGAAGCGUACCCCACAGAAAAUGCUGGAUGAAGUGGUGCCACCUGCGGGAAGAGACGAUGAUGUUACAGUUGGAAAAUUUUAUGCCACUUUUUUGAUUCAGGAUUAUUUUCGUAGGUUUAAAAAAAGAAAGGAACUGGAAUCCAAAGGUGUUGUACCGCAGCAGACCUCACAGGCAAUGGCCUUACAAGCAGGCUUACGAACGCUGCAUGAAAUUGGACCAGAAUUGAAGCGGGCAAUUUCCGGCAACUUGGAGACUGAUUUCACACUAGAUAUCGAAGAACCUCAGCACAGACGUCCGCACUCACUUUUUAACAACAUCAUUUCUGCACUUGGUGGUUCGGCACGAGCCAAUCAGGUCUACCGUGAAGAUCGAACGACUCGAUCACUUCCAAUGACUGCCAACAAUCAACUGUCGCCAACACGUUCAUUGUACGGUAAUGACAUGAUAUCAUCGACAACCCAUGGUCACGUAACUAUUAACUGUUCAAUCAAUACACCACCUUCGGCACGUUCCAACGGUGGUGUUCUGCAGCGACGUCUACCUCAAAUACCUUCUCCAAAUGUAUCCUUUAGUCAGAAAUUAUUGGAAAAUGAUUUCCUGAAAGUUUCACGAUUGCCUCUUAACGCCGAACGCCAUUAUAUACUGGCCAACAGAAGCAUGCCUUUGGAUACAGAUGAAGAAGAGGAAUGGUGUGAUAGGAGAGAUACAAAUAGACUACGAAAUGAUGAGACGUGGACAAACGAUGGUCGGCCGGGAAAAGGCUUAAGGAAACCUUUUAUGCUAGCAAGAAAUCAAGCAAUGGCCAUUGCUGGUGUGCCAGCCGAUAUAAGUGAAGCUUUUGAGGGUACAUACAGACCAGCACCAGAUGGGAAAUCGGUACGAUUACCUCUUUCGAACAGGCCAGUAUUAAGGCCACCAGCUGGAAAUGAAGAGGGUUUAACCGAACGUCUUGUUGGUGAAGCUUUGGCACUAGGUAGGUAUAUGGAUGAGCGUGUUGUUGAAGCGGCGCGAAGAGAAAUUGCAGAAGCCUAUUCACUAGAAGAAUCCGAGCUUGAAAGUGCAGCGGCAACACUGGCAGAUGCACGGUACAUGGAGCACCUUGGUAUGGAGCGUUGCGAAGUACGAGACUUCAACAGAUAUUCUGCGCGUGCCCUUUUGAGACCCGCACCGUCACAAGAAGCUCCUGAAGACGAUCUCUUUGUUACAACAUUAUAA